AUGGCUAAAAGUCAGGAGCCGAGUCAUUCGACUCAGGCACCCAUCACCGAUGUUUCUGAUGAAGAUGCUCCCAAAUCCAGCUCCCCAGUGAACGAGUCGCAUAUCUUGCAAGGGCGCCAGAUCGGCGUCUUUGGCGCUGUUUCGCUGAUUGUCAAUAAAAUAGUUGGAGCUGGAAUAUUUUCCACGCCUUCUUCUAUAUUCCGACUGAGCGGUAGCCCAGGGAUGUCCCUCAUCCUUUGGGUGCUAGCAGGUGUAAUCUCAACAUGCGGGGCGAUGGUCAUGCUGGAAUUCGGCUCUAUCAUCCCUAGAUCCGGGGGGAUGAAGGUCUACCUGGAGCGAUCCUUCUCGCCGAAACUGUUGGUUACAUGCACAUAUCUAUUCUACUGUGUUUUUCUCCAGGUAUCCUCGGGUAAUGCCAUAACUUGCGCAUCAUACCUCCUCAAAGCUACGGGCGUUGAAUCAACAACAUGGAAGCUUCGGGGUCUAGCAGUUGCCGCCGUGUCUUUUGCGGUGGGAAUUCAUAUCGUUGUUCCGCGCGUUGGUCGAGGCUUGCAGGAUGCGAUGAGCGCAGUGAAGUUAUUCAUCCUCUUUUUCAUUGUCUGCACUGGCUUUGCAGCACUCGGGGGGCACCUGAAUAUUCCCAAUCCGCAUAAUUUCGAUCUCUCUACAUCGUUCCAGGGAACAUCAAAUAAUGGCUAUAACAUCGGGAUGGCCCUUUUAGAUGCGAUCUUCUCGUUUCAGGGAUACGAUAAUAUGAACAUGGUUCUUUCUGAAGUGAAGAAUCCUCAACGAACUCUUCGGAUUGCUUUGCCGACAGCUAUGGCCAGCAUAACUGUUCUCUAUGUGCUAGCAAACGUUGCUUAUUUUGCUGGCGUAUCAAGAGAAGAAUUCCGAGAUUCAGAACUCACAAUUGCCGCAUCGCUCUUCAAGAACGUUUUCGGCGAGACGGCCGGCGCAAAAGCUCUCCCGGCAUUAGUUGCAAUCUCGGCCGUAGGCCAUCUUCUCGGGGUUGCAUUCACUGUUCCGCGAGUCAUUCAAGAAUUAGCCAAAGAUGGCAUUAUGCCGUUCCCAGAUAUCAUCAUGCAAAAUCGUCCCUUCCGAACUCCAAUCUGGGCGCUAUUCAUCCAUUUAGGAAUGACGGUUCUUUUCAUCUGUGGUCCUCCAGCGGGAGACGCAUUUGAAUUUGUUGUCAGUCUGAAUUCCUAUCCGACGGUGUUGCUUCUUACUGCUGUCACCAUUGGAUUGAUUAAACUGCGAAUGACAAAAGAUGAGAAUUUACAGUCCACUUUUACUGUUCCGUGGUCUGUUCUUGCCUUCUACAUGAUUGGAAACAUUUUCCUCCUCGUCAUGCCUUUCGUCCCACCACCGAAUGGCAAGGGAAGUACCAGCCUCCCCUACUGGCUGUCGACGGUUGUUUCCUUGGCUAUUCUGGCGCUGGGUAUUAUUUAUUAUCUUGUUCGCUUUGUUUUGUUACCCUGGAUCUUCGGAUAUGAGCUUCAGUCGGUUAUUGUUGAUCUUAGCGACGGAUCUCAAGUAUCAAGGUAUCAAAUC